GUAAAAAAAUAUUGUGUUUUCAACUGUGAAAAAAGAAUAGGGUACUAGCCUUUAGGGAUUAACCGAUAACUUGCUACUUUAUCAUCCCUACUUGAAUUAAUCGAUUAGUUCAAUGGGAUUUGUUUUUCCUUCCCAUCCUUAGAUUUGUUUUGUUGUUGUAAACAAAAAUGAGUUCAAAUCCAGAUCUGAUAAAUAGUUGCCGGGUUUGUAGACAUCCUAAUCAAGAUGAUGCAGAUUAUGAAUGUCUAUUUGAAGAAGUCACGACAAAUGAGGCAACGUCUCCACCAACAGCACCUGCUUUAUCUAAUGCUGGGAGAUUGUAUGACUCUCUGGUUUGUGAGAUUACCCCGGAGACAUACGACUACUAUCCGCGCUAUCUUUGCAAUAGUUGUUGCCUACAAAUGAAAUUGUUUAAGAAACUUAGAGACAAGGCCCUUAAUACCUUAAAAAUGUUGGAGGGGCUAUACGAAGAGGAUGUGUUACCACAAAAAGAAGAGAAACUCCUAAGCGACGAUGAGGAGGUAUAUAAUGAAGAGCAAAUAACAAUAGAAGAUUUGGUGGAGGAGGAGAAUGUGAGUGUUGACGCAAGUCUUAAAGAGGUUUCAUAUAUAAGUACACAGACAGAAAUCUGCAUAAAAGGAGAAUCGGAAAACGUACUCUCAGAGGGCGUAUUUUUAAUUCCAGUGUCUAUACAGAAGACAACAAUAAAUGAAACAGACCCCAUACAAUUGAAUCCAACAAACGAAGACAUGAAAACUGAGGAGGAUGAAGCCAUUUCAGAAGCUGCCGAAUUAGCCCAUUGUGCAGGGCUAGAUAAAUCAGAUUAUGUACUUGAGAUAUAUAAAGUACUGGAUGAUGGUGCAACGCAAACUACAAUCAGCCAAUCUGAAGCGGACACAAAUGAUUUAGAAAAUUAUGUGAUGGAAGAUAACCUAGGCUCGCAAAUUGAUGAAAGCGAAGAGCAAUGUUUAGAUAGGAGCACUCUUGCCACCUCCGAAGGGGAGGAUUUAAGAGAAAUCUCUAAAAUUCGCAGUAAAAUAGGCAUACCCUUUCAUGAAAAAAAUAAAAUGUAUUCUUGUACCGAAUGCAGUGAAUUGUUUUCCUGUUCUAGGCAAUUCAAACAUCAUAAAACUUAUGUUCAUGUACAAACCUAUGCUUGCAAGGUAUGUUCGACUAUCUUAAAGUCAUCACGGGGUCUUGCUACUCAUAUGAAGCUCCAUGAUAAGAAUCCUGCAUACAGCUGUGAAAUGUGCCAAAAGACAUUUUCACAAAAAGCCCACUUUGAAUAUCACAUGAAUAGGCACAACAAUAUAAGGCAAUUUCAGUGUGAUCAGUGCGAAAAAGCAUUCUUAACAAAAUCAGAUCUUAGAUCUCAUCAGAGGCGUCACAACACGAAUUAUCGGCCUCAUGUUUGUCAUACCUGUGGAAAAUCGUAUAUAUCAGCCGAGCAUUUGCGAACACAUGCCCUUAAACAUACGAAUAUUAGCUUCAGGUGUGACCAUUGUCCACAACAAUUUGCCAAUCCCAAAACACUAAGACAGCAUGUGAGUUCUAUACAUGCGGCAGAACCAAGAUUUAAAUGUGAAAUUUGUAUGAAACCAUUUCGACGGAAACAUCACUUACAGUAUCAUAUGAGAUUGCAUCCGGGAUAUAAUUCUAACUAUGAAAGAUUUGAUAUUGAUAAUCCUGAUGAAAUGUCUAGCAAUGUAGAUGAUGAAGAUGAUAUUAUAAAGGAUCCUGGAUUCGUGGCAUUGGAUGGGGAUACCAUUUUAAUGUAAAUAAAAAACUAUAAAGAGAAAUAUGUAAGAAUUAUUUUUAAAAAUAAAAACGUUCUGUUACAUUGGAGACAGUUCUCUCCGGAUUGCAA